CGUAUUCACACUUAGAGAAACGUCUUUCUUGUUCAUAAACAGAUUAAGCAACACUUCAACUGAAAGGGCGAUGAACAGUGAGACAGAGGCCACAAGGAUGCUCAGAUGAGCUGAAGCACUGCAUAAAGACACUCGCGACAUCAGUGGACGACAUAAUGGCUGACAGGGAAGGCAGAUCCGGUGACUGGAAGACCAGGGAAAGACGGGAUAGGAGCAAGAGCAUGGAUGGACGCCCCAAAAUGGACAGUAGUCCAGAUUUGGAUUGCCCUGACAAAACUGAACCCAAAAUCAAUGAAGAAAGAAUGAAGGACAUUAGAAAGUCAGCAACAGGAGAAACACAUGGGGGAGAAAACAAGGACUUUGGAACAGGAGUCAGACCAGAUCAAUGGCUACAAGAAGAGAAUAAAAAAAUGAAUUCUCUAUUUCACAGGCUUCAUCUUGAAGGCAGGCACCAUAAUAAACUGAGAGCUGCAGAUGUCCUUCAGAUAACCAAACAUUCAUUACAGUCCCAUGAGUCUUGUGCUGAAGAUGAGCUGGUUCAGACUUUCAUACAAAAACUACUGAUGAUGAACUACAGAGCAAGAUUCAUUCAUGGUAAUAAGGCCAGUGAACAGGUUCGAGCAAGACAAAGAGACAAUAACUCUGAAGAUGAGGGUACUAUAUUUGAUAAUGUUUUUAAAGUUAUAUCUUUAUCAAACAAUGGAACAAGUCAAUCUGAUCAAAUCCAUCCGAUGGAUAUUCAGAUGGCCGUGUUCCAUUGUGCUGAUGGUUUCCUGAAGCAGCUGAUGGUCACUAAACUGUCCCAGUGUCAGUACGCUCUGCCUCUGCUUGUUCCUGAUCCAUUCACACAACAGAUUGAGUUUCCUCUCUGGACAUUCAGACAAAUCAACAAGAGCUGGAAGAUGAGAAACACCAACAAUGAAGCCAUCAGUCAAACCCAGCCGAUCUACAAGGCAGAAACUCCAAUGGUAUUUUUCUUCAGGUUUGGCUCUGUGUCUUCAUCCAAGUCUCAGCUGAUGAACAGUCUGAUCAAUGAGAAACACAACACGUUCUUCCACAGGAACUGCCCAGGCAGCAGCAGAACCAGAGUCCUGAUGGAUGGAGUGGUGGAGAUCGCCUGGUUCUGCUCCUCUGGAUCAUAUGAUGAUAAAUUCACUGAGUGUCUUGCGUUCUGUAAUCUACAUGGUGAUGCAGGAGAUCAUGAGAAACAGCUGCAGAUCCUCACUGAAAUGGCCUCGGUCAAUGUUGUCCUUCUACCACGACUAGACAGGAAUGACAGAAGCAUGACAAAACUUGAAAAUCUCUACAAGGACUCAAAGCCACUAAUUUUUCUUUUGACUGAGGAUGUUUCAACUCUCGUUGAGAUACAGAAAGGAAAAUACAAGGUUGGUCUGAAGGACAGAAGUCAGGCAGAUGUAUCUGAAGCACUCAGAAGAGCUUUAAAUGAUUGUCUGUCAGAGUCAUCUUAUGCUUUCAGACUUGAAGAUGUGUCGAAACACUCUGACAUCAGAGUAGAUGAGGAAGAUGAUGAUGACUGCAGGAGAGGAAGAGAAGCAGCACAGCAGAUGAUGAGUUUACUGGAGAAGAAAGAUCUGAGAGAAAUCAAAGAAUCGUUUCUGCCUCAUCAGGGGAAACUGUGGCAUCAGUGGAGUCAGAAGAACAAAGAACUACAUCGACCUCAAGGAGAUGAGAUAGAAAUGGACAUCAGUAGAAAACAAACAGACUUGAAGAAAAUCCGGAAACAGCAACAUCAACUGGCAACUGUACAAACUGAACUUGAGGGAAUAUCUGAGGAACUUCAAGAUGCAGUCUUUGGUUUGGAGCACAUCAUGAGGGAGAUCGGUCAGAUCUAUGAAUCAUGUUCAUCUGUUAAUGAGAACAAGAAAGACCUGCAGAUUCACUUCUCUUCUCUCCCGAGUCUUGCAGCAGAGAUGAUGAUCUCUGGAUUUCCACUGGAGCUGAUGGAUGGAGAUGCUGCUCAUGUUCCUGUGAUCUGGAUCUCUGCUGUUCUAGAUGAACUCGUCCAGAAACUGGGAGACCAGAGAGUCUUCGUGCUGUCAGUUUUAGGGAUUCAGAGCUCUGGGAAAUCCACCAUGCUGAAUGCUAUGUUUGGACUGCAGUUUGCCGUCAGUGCUGGCAGGUGCACCAGAGGAGCUUUCAUGCAGCUGAUCAGAGUCUCUGACGAGAUGAAAACACAGAUGAACUUUGACUAUAUUCUGGUUGUUGAUACUGAGGGUCUUCCUGCCAUUUUUGGUGAGAUCAUCUGUCAGAAACUUAAAGAGCCCAUUGAGCAGAGUCUCUACAAGAAGACUGCUAGAGAGCUGGCAAAUGAAAUGAGAACAGAAUGUGCAUCACUGAAAGGAAACAGAUCAAAUCUGGAGAAGCACAUCCUGAAAACACUGGCAGAAGAGGAGGAUUUUGACAAAUACAUGGACUACAUUGAUAAUCCCAGAGAUCACUUCAAGAGUUUCAUCAGAGAUGAAGUCAGACAGUACAUCAACGAUAAGUUCAGUAUCAGUGUUUUACCCAAGAUGAAGGAGAACACUAAACUCCUGCAGCAGAAGAUCAUGAAAGCAGCACAUGAAUCAACUGAACAUGUUCAAGUGAACAGUGGAGAUGCUGGUUUGUGGUUGAAGAGUUUCACACAGCAGCUCUCAGAUGAGCUGAUCUUCUCUCAAAAACACCUCAGUGGAGUCAAACAUGAUGAUGUUGAUGAUUUCAACCUCCUAGAAGAUGUGAUAAGACAAGAACUUAAUGCUAUAAUGUCAGACAUCAGCAGUAGAUUCAACAAAAAUACUUUUCCAGAAAAUCUAGACUAUAAGUUCAGACCAGAUGAGCUUCUAAUUGAUCACUUGUGUCAGUGCUGUUGGGUUCAGUGUCCAUUCUGUAAAGCCAUUUGCACCAACACCAUAGAAAACCACGGUGAGGAUCACAGUGUUCCUUUUCAUCAGGUUAUUGGACUAAGCGGAAUAUAUUUUGCAAAAACAAAUAACCUGUCUGUCCACAUCUGCACAUCAGCAGUAGCAAAGCACAAUUUACAUUUUCAUCCCAUUGACUCAGAAGAUAAAGUCCCCUGGAGAGAAUACAGAAGAGCAGGAGGAGUUUAUGCAAACUGGAGCAUCACCCCUGACCUCUCUGAACUGCCCUACUGGAAGUGGUUUGUGUGCAGAUUCCAGAAAGAUCUGGAAAAACACUACAGUAAAACAUUUGAGGGGCAGGGAAAGAUACCAGAUGAAUGGAGAAAAUACUCAAAACAUGAUGCUAUUGAGAGUUUGGAUAAAUACAUUUAAUUGAACAAGUAAAAUACAUUUAUUUUAGGUCUCCAUUUCACAGAGCACAGUUUAAAAUUAGUUUCUGUUCCUCACUUCACUGACUAUCUGUUCCACGUACCAAUGCCUGUUAACCCCACUCUCCACUCCAACAAUACAUUUGCAAUUAUGAAAACUGACAUGCAUUUGUAAUGAACUAAAUUAGAUAUAUAUGGGAAGUUAUUUAAAUUAGUAUCUGAUGGCAUUAGAAAUGAUAGUGCAUGAGUGCAAAGUGAUGUUUAAUAUUAUUAGUCGGAAAUUGACACUGUCACUUCUUGGCAAUAAUGUUUGAGUUUUAGAAUGUUUGGGAAUAAUAUCAGGAAAUGCAUCAGUUGACA